AUUUUUAUCAGUUGAUUUAUAAAACCGGUGUGUUGGAGCUGAGUUGAACUUUGAAGCAAAUUUUAUUUGUUUAACAAUCAUUCAGUUGUAAUUCAUUUUGUUAAUUGAUAAAUUGUUUAUAAAAAAAUAGCAUCACAAUGUUGAAGAGUGUCGUUGCUUUGGUUACUGGUGGUGCAUCAGGAUUAGGACGUGGUACUGUUGAAAGAUUCAUCAAGCAUGGUGCCAGAGUUGUUGUUGCUGAUCUACCAACUUCAAAAGGCAGUGAAUUAGCUAAAGAACUUGGUCCAAAUGUUAUAUUUUCACCUCUGGAUGUAACAUCAGAGCAAGAUGUCAAAGAUGCAUUACAAUUGACAAAAGAAAAAUUUGGUAAAUUAGAUGUUGUUGUUAAUGCUGCUGGUAUUGGUUAUGCUGAAAAAGUAUAUAAUUUAAAAAAAAAACAAACUCAUGAUUUAUCAACAUUUGCACGUGUUAUGAAUGUUAACACAGUUGGUUCAUUUAAUGUUAUACGUUUAUCAGUUGGUUUAAUGGGUGAAAAUAAACCAAAUGAUGAUGGUCAACGUGGUGUUGUUAUAAACACAGCAAGUUGUGCUGCAUUUGAUGGUCAAAUGGGACAAGCAGCAUACUCAGCAAGUAAAGCUGGUAUUGUUGGUAUGACAUUACCAUUAGCACGUGAUCUUGCAUUAAUUGGAAUUCGUGUUGUAACAAUUGCACCAGGUAUAUUUGAUACACCAAUGUUACGUCAAUUACCUGAUAAAAUACGUGAAAGCUUAGCACAAUCAGUACCAUUUCCAAAAAGACUUGGCUAUACUGAUGAAUAUGCACAAAUGGUUCAAACUAUUGUUGAAAAUCCAAUGAUUAAUGCAGAAACAAUUCGUCUUGAUGGUGCACUUAGAAUGCAAUAAUAAUUAUUUUUUUUCUUUCUUUUUUUUGUAUCAUAAUUAAUUAUUAUUAUUGAGAUUAUAUUUUUUCAAAUUAAUUUUAAUGAUUUUGUUAAUUUAUCAAUAAAUAUUUCAUUCAUAUUUCAAG